CUUAUAGCCAUAAUUUUGAAACUUUUGUGCCAAAUAUAGCCAUUUCCAUUACAAACUUUAACAGUGUUAGAGGCUCCAUCAGUUAGUUUAGCAUUAGGCUAGGACGCCAAAUCAUCGCACACGUCAGCGACAAAUCAGCCACAUUCCCCACGUAGGUUACACGUCAUAUUUUUCAUUUAAAAACAAAUGAAAAAUUCAUAUAUUAAAAAUAAUAUUAAGUAAAAAAUAAUCAAAAAUUUAUCCUUUACUUUAAUCAAAUUAAAUAAAAAAUCAUAAAAACAAUAAAAGCAUUAAUCACUUCUCUCCACCCACCGCCUAAUCCUAUUCACCUUCAUCAACCUAAACUCCCAGGGGUCAUUUGGAUGCAGGUUUUGGGUGUGGGAUUUGGGCACAAUCCCACAUAGUGUUAAAAUCACUCAUUUGGAAACAAUUAUAUGAUAAGAGAUUUUAAAUAUUAGAGAUUUCAAAAACCCACAAUUGUGGGAUUGUAAAAUAGCUAUGGUCAUCAGCUAUUUUAAAAUUCCACACAAAUCCCACAAAUUAAAAACCUGGGUUUUUAAACCAGUGAUUUGAGCCAAAAUCCUACAAAUUAAAAACCUGCAUCCAAAUGACCCCCCAGAAGCUUCCUCUACUCUCAUCACCACCAUCUCAUGUUCAUCUUCAUCAUAACGCCUGCCAAUGCCCGAGCCGCCGCGAGUCGCCGCUCUCACCCUCAGAAUCCCCAGCAACUCCGCCAAUGCCUUGUCUGUUAUCCCUCUGGUUCUUAAUCAACACCUCGCUCACGGACGCGGGGUCAUCUCCGCCUCAAUCUCCUUCCAAACGCCGGUGGCUCCUCCUCUCAUCUCCGCCACCGCCGCCUCGUAGAAGCCGCCUCCUCUAUUUCCGCGCCACUCGAGCUGCCCUUCUUGUGAUUCCCGAGGUUAAUCGAGCAUCCCUCAUCCGCUCCUGACCCUCCGCGAAAUCCCUCAGAUCUCGAGGUUAAUCGACAAAGCAAGUCAAUGGUGCUUAUUAUGUUGAUGAAUGAUGACGACUCUGUAAUCGUGAUUGAUGGGGGUGGGGGUGGUAGCCGAGGAGAUGGGGGUGGUACGAAGAGGAGUCUGACGCCGCCAUCGGCGGCGUACAAAGGCGGCGGAGGAGGCGGAGGUGGGUAGAAGAAUUGGUUGUGGAGGGAAGGUGGAAGGACUGCGAGGUGAUGGUGAGGCGGAGAUGAGAUGACGUGGCAGGGAUGAAUUCUUGGGCUUGAGGGUCGAGGGAACUAGGGAAACGAAGGUAACCACUGGUGUCUCCCAUGGCGGAUGAGUUUGGGGAUUUUGGGUUCUGGGUAUUUUUGUUGACGGGACAGUAGAUGGAGAUGGUGUUUGCUGGUUUUUGUUGUUCUUUUAACUUUGUGAUUUUUUUUUUCAUUUCAUAAAUCCACGUGUAUAUUUACAAACAAAAUUGAAGAUAAGAGUUUGCCACGUUAGCAUCUCUGUUUGUCCAGUCACACUUAACGUUAACAACGUUAAUGAAUUGGACGAAAGUGGCUAUAAGUGGUAUUUUGUCAAAAGUGGCUAUAAGUGCCACAAACGUAAAAGUUUUGCCUACAUAAGUGUAUUUUGCCAAAGUUAAACUCUAAAAUAAUUUAUAACUUGAAUAUCAUAUAUUUUUUGCCUGUGGUUAAUGAAAAAAGCAUAAUAGUCAAAUUUCCAUCACUAAUUGAUCUCAUAUUUAUAUGCUAUGUUGGUGUAAUAUAAUUUAGUUAAUCAUUUUUAACUAAUUCAAAUCAUGUUAUUUAAUAAUAACAAUGAUUAGUAACUAAGCCUUCUAUAAUACAUAAUUUUUUAACUAAUACAUAUCAAGUUAUUGAAAUUCCCUAACCUAUUUUGAAAUCCGGCUAUUCAGAGUUUUUGAAUCACUCGUUUUUUGUCUCAUUUAAUGUGUCGGACUGUCGGUUCAUGCCGACUUAAUAAAAUACGUAAAAAUAUAAAAAAAAAAUAAUUAACAUCAAAUUAAUUCAAACAUGUAUAAAACAUAUUUGAAAACCAUUACUCAGAACCUAUAUUCAUAUUUAAAUAAAAUACAACAUUUCAA